GGGAGAUGCCGCGCUACGACGAUGGCCAGACGCGCCUCUACGUUGGUCGGCUCUCCACGCGGACGCGCAGCCGCGACCUCGAGGCGAUUUUCAGCAAAUACGGGAGGUUUUUGGUGGGUUUUCUCGUCCCAAGUCUGGUGGAGGCCCGUGAUGAUGUUAGAGAGUGGCUUUUGAUGCUCGUCGGAAGGGGAAAAAAAGUUCAUGGCGCAUCCAUCUCUAGGAGUUCUCUCUCUUUCAUUGUCUCUUUGGAUGGAAUGCCCGGGGUGCUUUUAACUUCAGCUGACCGAGGUGCCAUGACGAUUGGUUGUUUUGUUGCGCGCCUUUCCGCAGAGUCCGAGAAGUGGAUGUCAAGCACGACUUCGCCUUUGUUGAAUUCAGCGAUCCCCGGGAUGCUGAUGAGGCGAGGCAUUAUCUCAACGGACGGGACUUCGAGGGACACCGCAUGAUCGUCGAGUUUGCGAGAAGGGGUCCUCGCAGCGGCAGUGGUGGUAGUGGUGGUGGAAGCAUCAGGAGGGAGCGCGAGCCCUUGAGAGGCCCGCCUCCAGGAACUGGAAGAUGUUACAACUGUGGCAACGAUGGUCACUGGGCUCGAGACUGCAGAGCUGGCGACUGGAAGGACAAGUGCUACCGCUGCGGGCAGCGUGGUCAUAUCGAGAGGAACUGCCGCAACAGUCCACGCUCGUUUAGCAGGCACUCUAGAUCGCGUUCUCGAUCAAUGGAACGUAGGAGAAGCCGUAGCAGAUCGCCCAGUCGCUCUCCGAGAAGAAAGUAUAGCCGGAGUCGAAGGUACAGCGCGAGCCCCGUCAAAGACGAUAGAAGCCGCUCGCCUGCCGCACGAAAGCGCAGCGUCUCUCCAGAUGGGAAUGCUCGCAGGUCACCACCACCAAGACGCCGCAGCUUGUCUCCGGAAGGCCACCGCCGCGGUUCACCACCAUCAAGAGGCCGUAGCUUGUCACCGGAUGGCCACCGUCGUCGUGGAUCACCACCAGCAAGAGGCUCUCCGGAAGGCCACCGUCGUCGUGGAUCACCACCACCAAGAGGUUCUCCGGAAGGACGCCGUCGCGGGUUGCCAGCACCACGGCACCGCAGCCCAUCUCCGGAUGGAAACCCGCGCAGCCGAUCGCCAAUGGAGACGCGAAACCGCAGCAGCUUGUCUCCGGACAGAAAUCCUCGCCGAGAGGAGCGCUCGCCGGGAGCUCGAGGCCGCGGCAGCUUGUCCCCGGAUGGAAAUCCCCGACGCUGGUCGCCAGAGGCGAGGGACCGGAGAAGCCUGUCCCCGGAGGAGAAUGCUCGUGAGAGUCCAUCGCCCAAGAGGAGAGUGGCGAGCCCAAUGGAGAAUGGCAGCCAUGGCGCGGGAGGAGAUCGCGGUGGAGAGUCUCCGGUGAAGAACGAAGAGGACGAGGAAGAACAGUGAAAGAGUUUGUGAAGUGUUUGAACUUUAAAAUCUUAAUCCCGCGCACGAA